AAAACUGUCAAGUAUUGUUAAUAUAAUUUUUCUCUCCAGAUUUCUUGAAGAUAGUGGUAUCUCACUUGAUGCAUUCACAACAUCCAACAUCAAGAGAUCAAACACAGUCAUCCUUGUGAAGAAUCUUCCCGCAAAGACCACUGCCCAGGAACUGUCACAGCUUUUCUGUAGAUAUGGAGAGCUUGGAAGAGUUGUGCUACCUCCAGCAGGUGUUACAGGUGUCGUAGAAUACUUAGAUCCAAGUGAAGCAAGGAAGGGCUUCAAGAACCUUGCCUACUCCAAGUUCAAAUACUUGCCACUGUAUUUGGAAUGGGCACCCCUAAAUGUGUUCAAGUCAGAGUUCAGUGGCGUAGCCAUUAAACCUACCAGUAAUGACACAACUUCCACAGAGAGAGACAGUGAAGAUACAGAGGGGAAGAGCCAUGCUCAACCUGAAGGUCAGCCUGAACCAGACACAACCAUAUUUGUCAAGAAUCUAGACUUUGGUACAAAUGAAGAUGUCUUGAAGGAGUAUUUUGAGAAGAUUGGUCAAGUGCACUCUGUAGUGAUCGCCAAACGAAAUGGACUCUCUCAAGGCUAUGGGUUUGUACAGUUCAUGAAGAGGUCAGAUGCACAGAAAUCCAUCAGAAAUAUGCAGAACUCCGUACUAGAAGGUCACACCAUAGAGAUCAAGUUAUCGGAGAAAACAUUAGCUGUGAUGCCCAAGAGCAGACGUAUGAUUCAGAAAGCAGGGGAGCAAACGUCAUCCAAGAUUCUGGUCAAAAACAUUCCCUUCCAGGCCACUCAGAAGGAAGUGCGACAACUCUUUGCUACUUUCGGUGAGCUUAAAUUUGUGCGUCUGCCAAGCAAGAUGAACAGCCAGGAACAUCGAGGAUUUGGCUUUGUCGAGUUUGUCACGAGAGAAGAUGCCAAGAAAGCAUUUGAGGCUCUGAAGCUAAGUACCCAUUUGUACGAUAGACGUUUGGUACUGGAAUGGGCCAAAGAUGACGAGUCUGUGGAGGAACUCAGGAAAAGAACAGCAGAAAAGUUCUUAGCUUCAGGACCAGCAAGGAAGAGGACAAAAGUGGUGAUGGAUCCGGCAGCGGCACAUGAAAACUCGGAUGAAGAUUAGGCAUUUAUAUCGUAAUAAAAUUUGUCAGCAAUGGCAUGAGAUAUAUCCAAAUUGUAUAUUAUUUAUGGAAUAAAUAUAUGCAGUCAUCAA